AACAAGAGAGCACAGAGAUGUGCAAGCACUUUUCUUUGACAAAGAAAAAAACUUAUUGCACAAUAUACAAAUUCUGUAAUUCUCUUAACCUUCCAUUUGACUUUUGUGCCACUAUGGGAAUUUAAGUGCCUCAGCUUGCCAAAGCAAAAAAGAAAAGAAGACAAGCAAGUCUCUCAACAAGAAAGGAUGGAAAGUAACCAUAAAAAGACUGAGUCAAUGAAAAGGCAAGUACCUUUCCUUUUGCUGUUUUUGUUCUGCCCGAUUGCCUCAAAGCAGAUUCAUUACUCCAUUCAAGAGGAAAUGGAAGUAGGUACCUUUGUAGGAAAUCUUGCAAAGGAUUUGGGACUGACUACUGAAAAAAUAACAGAUUAUAGUCUGCAUAUCAUAUCUUUAGGUAAAAAGCAAUAUUUCACUAUCAACACACAAAAUGGGAAUCUUUAUGUAAAUGAUAGGAUAGAUAGAGAGGGGAUAUGUGGGAAAAAUGCAUUGUGCCUCAUUAAUUUUGAAGUGAUGGUUGAAAACCCUCUGAAUAUUUUCCAUAUAACUGUAGAGAUCCAAGAUAUUAAUGAUAAUGCACCGCAUUUCAUAAAUGGAGAUAUCAAGAUGGAAAUAAUUGAAUCAACUUUGCUUGGAGCUCACUUUGUUCUCGGAUAUGCUACAGAUCCAGAUACUGGAAUGAAUUCUCUCCAGAAUUACCAUCUCAUGCCUAAUCCAUAUUUCAUACUGGAAGUUAGAGAGGGAGAAGAUGGAUAUAAAUAUGCAGAAUUAGUAUUGAGUAAACAGCUGGAUAGAGAAAGUGAAUAUGGUUUCAAUUUAAUCCUUAUGGCUCUGGAUGGAGGGAAGCCUCCCCAAACUGGGACUGCCAAAAUAUGGGUUACCCUCAUUGAUGCCAAUGACAACUCACCCAUCUUCACUGAGAAAGUGUACAAAGUUAAUUUGAAAGAAAAUGUCCCCAAAGGAUCUUUAGUGAUACAGGUGAAGGCCACAGAUAAAGAUGAAGGUUCAAAUGGACAGAUCAGCUAUAAUUUUCGCAAUAUCCCUGAAAUGGCUGACCAGAAAUUCAGUAUCCAUCCAGUUAAUGGGGAAAUUGUAGUUACAGAACAUUUGGAUUUUGAGGAAACAGAGAUGUACAUUAUAACAAUAGAAGCAAGAGAUGGAGGCGGUUUAGUGUCGCAUUGUAGUGUAGAAAUAAAACUAUUGGAUGAGAAUGACAAUGCUCCAGAAGUGAUUAUAGUAUCGAUAACCAGCCCAAUAUCUGAGGAUUCUGCAGUUGAAACUCUGGUAGCUCUUCUCAAUGUAAAUGAUAAAGAUUCUGGAGAAAAUGGAAUUGUUACUUGUCUUUUACAGGGCAAUUUUCCUCUAAAAAUAAUAUCAAUGCCUAAUAACUACUAUAGGCUUCUUACAGAUGGUCCCUUGGACAGGGAAAGCACUCCAGAGUACAAUAUAACCAUCAUAGCAACAGACAAAGGCACACCUCCUCUUUCAACAGAGAAGACCAUCUCCCUGAAGAUUUCAGACAUCAAUGACAACUCCCCUACCUUUGAGAAAUCUUCUUACACUGCUUUUGUACCAGAGAACAAUCCUUCAGGCACCUCCAUUUUCCGUAUUCAAGCCUCAGAUCCAGAUCUGGAAGGUAAUGCCCGAAUCACUUACUCCCUCCUCCAAAGCAACAUUCAGGAGCUGCCUCUCUCCUCUUACUUCUCCAUUAACUCUGAAACUGGCAUCAUCUAUGCUCAGCGUUCCUUCGACUACGAACAGUGCCAGGAGUUUCAGGUGGAGGUGAGGGCCCAAGAUGGAGGCUCCCCACCCCUCAGCAGCACUGCCACUGUGAAGGUCUUCAUCCUGGACCAGAAUGACAAGAGCCCUCAAAUCCUUUACCCUUCUCAGGGAGCGGAGGGCUCAGCCUUGUUUGAGAUGGUGCCUCGCUCAGUGGAGGAGGGCUAUCUGGUGACCAAGGUGGUGGCGGUGGAUGCUGACUCUGGGCACAACGCUUGGCUCUCUUACCAUCUGGUCCAGGCCACGGAGCCAGGACUCUUCACAAUUGGGGUCCACAAUGGUGAGAUCAGGACAUCCCGAACAUUUUUGGAAAGAGAUGCUCUCAAGCAGAAGCUGGUAAUUUUAGUGAAGGAUAAUGGCCAGCCACCACUAUCCAGUACUGUGAGUCUUAACCUGGUCUUUGCUGAAAACUUCCAAGAGGCUCUUCCAGAAAUUAACAGCCAACCCAGAGACCCAGCAUAUCAGUCAGAUAUCCAGUUCUAUUUGGUCCUUGCCCUGGCUUUGAUUUCUUUCCUCUUUCUUCUGACGGUCAUUCUGGCUAUUCUAACAAAGUUUCAAAGAUCAGGAAGUCCCAAAUUCUUGCAAUGUUUUGGUCCUGUUCCCCAUUCAAACAAUGCUGUCCUAUUCCCUCCAAACUAUGAAGAAGGGACUUUGCCUUACUCCUAUCAGCUUUGUUUAUCAUCUGAGUCCAGGAUACAGGAAUUUACCUUUCCAGCAUCCAAUGUUCAAACUGCAGGGAAUAUUGCCUGUAAUCGUAAUUCUGAUGUGCUUUUGACAGCUGAUCAAGGAAACAUUCUAAAUACAGAAAUGGAUAAAGCUGGUGGGGUGAGUUUUUGCUAA